UCUUGAAUCCUAACGGAAUUAAAAUUUGUGACCGUUGCCUAAAAGAUUUUAUUUUGUGAAUCAAGGAUUCUAACGGGAUUGUUUUCUCAAUCCAACGGGAAUUAGGAGUCCGUUGCCUAUAAAUUAGGCUUGGAUGUCACAGGAGAAGGUUAAUUGCAGAAUAGAAUGGCGAGGAAGAAGGUUACGCUCGGGUGGAUCGCGCACGACGCCACGCGCCGCACCACCUUCAAGAAACGGAAGCAGAGUCUACUCAAGAAGGUGAGCGAGCUCGCCACCCUCUGCGCCAUCGACGCCUGUGCCGUCGUCUACGGACCGGAGGAUGAGGCGCCGGAGGCGUGGCCUUCGCCUGCGGAGACGGCGCGCAUGGCGGCGCGGUUCAGGGCAAUGCCGGAAUCGGAUCAGAGUCGCAAGAAGACGGACCAGGAAGGGUUCCUCCGCGAGCGGGUGGCCAAGCUGCGGGAGCAGCUCAGCCGGCAGGAUCGCCGGAACAGGGAGCUGGAGGCGAGCCUGCUCAUGCACGAAAUGCUGUCCGGCGGCGGAUGGAGGAUGUGCGACGUGGGCAUCGAGCAGGCCGCGGAGCUCGUGCGGUUGGCGGAGAUAAAGCUGGCGCUGGUGCGCAACAGGGUCGAGAGGGAGAAGGCGAGGACCGCGGUGGAGCCGCCUCCGCAGGCGGUCGAACAGGUGGUGUGCAUGGCGGUGGGUCCAUCGAUAGAAUUUGUGAAGACGCCGUGGCAGGCGGCCGAACAGGUGGUGGACAUGGCGGAGGAUCCAUGGAUAGGAUUUGUGUUGCCGCCGCUGCAGGCGGUCGAACAGGCGGUAGGCACGGUGGAGACAGUGGCGGAGGACGAAACCCUAAACUGGCUCGUGGAGGCCUUGAGCGCCGGCGAAAUUGCACCGUUCGCCGACGUUGGGGAACAAGAAGCCAUGGCAUUAAGCUGCGUUGAUCAGGAGCCGUGGGAUGUUGGGGCAUUAAGCUGCGUUGAUCAGGAGCCGUGGGAUGUUGGGGCAUUAAGCUGCGUUGAUCAGGAGCCGUGCAUUGAUCAGGAGCCGUGGGAUGUUGGGGCAUUAAGCUGCAUUGAUCAGGAGCCGUGCAUUGAUCAGGAGCCGUGGGAUGUUGGGAAACAAGAAGUCAUGGCUUUAUGCUGCAUUGCUGAGGACGCGGUGGAUCCAUGGAUGGAAUUUGUGGAGAAAAUGUUUGGCGCCGUGCCUUUGUCUUGCUUUGAGCCCGAGUCGGUGGAGCAGGAUCACCCUCCAUGGCAAGCUCCGUUGGUCCUCUUCAACAGCAACUUCGAUUGCUGAUGAGACUCACUAGAACUCGAAAUUAAUGUACAUAUUAUUAUACUCUCAAUUUAAUCACUACCGUGAUUUG